GACAAAACCAGAAGAUGAUUUAUAAUACUUUUUAAUGAGUUUCCAUAAACAUUUAAAUGAUGUCCCGAUUGAUCGACAAACGUUUAUUCGGGUUAAAAUACGGAAAUUACUUUAUAGUGGAAUUAUCAGUGCAACCCAAUAUCAAGAAAAUACAACAAAUGGUUUAAAUGUUCAAAAUUCUGCAGUUAACACUCAGUACAUAAAUCCACCACCUCUAUCUUCCGUUUAUUCAAAUACGUCAGCUAGUAACAGUAAAUCAGCUGUAUUACUGUAGAAUGUAAUUAGUCAGUAAGAG